ACCUCGAGUUCCACAUGCCUGAGGGUUCCAAGGAAAAAAAGGAAAAUCCUGAGAGGUUUAGUAGGGUCUUGAGGGAGACAAGGCCCUCACAAGGAGAAGGUCAACCUUUGGGCAAGACCACAGAGUCAGCCAUUAAGUUGGUCAAAAAACAUCCAGGAGCUAAGAACCUUUCCAAGAAGUCCAGAGGAAUGAGUUUGCCCCCGGACACACGCCCUCUAAACAAAAGCUUAGUCCAGGACAACAAAUGGAGGAGGGCGGAUGCCACCCAAGAGAGACGCAGGUCUUUCCUGCAGGAGUUCUGCAAGAACUAUGGUGGGGCGAGUCACCCCCAGACGCAUCUCUUCCACAUGGUGUCCAGGAUCUACGUGGAAGAUAAGCACAAGGUCUUAUACUGCGAAGUUCCGAAGGCUGGCUGCUCCAAUUGGAAAAGAAUCCUGAUGGUACUGAACGGGUUGGCUCCCUCGGCACACAACAUCUCCCAUGACGCUGUCCAUUACGGGAAGCAUUUGAAAAAGCUGGACAGCUUUGACCUGAAAGGGAUAUACACUCGUUUGAAUACCUACACCAAGGCGGUGUUUGUUCGUGACCCCAUGGAAAGAUUAGUGUCAGCCUUUCGCGACAAAUUCGAACACCCCAAUAGUUACUACCACCCGGUAUUUGGGAAAGCAAUUAUAAAGAAAUAUCGGCCGAAUGCCUGUGAGAAGGCCUUAAAUAAUGGAUCCGGAGUCAAAUUCAAGGAGUUCGUUCACUAUUUACUGGACUCUCACCGCCCGGUCGGGAUGGACAUUCACUGGGAGAAGGUCAGCAAGCUCUGCUACCCGUGUCUGAUCAACUACGACUUUGUGGGGAAGUUUGAGACUUUGGAAGAAGACGCCAAUUACUUCCUACAGCUGAUCGGCGCCCCCAAAGAGCUGAGAUUCCCCAACUUCAAGGACAGGCACUCCUCCGACGAGAGGACCAGCGCUCAGGUCGUGGAGCAGUACCUAACAGGUCUGACCAGAACUGAGAGACAGCUCGUCUAUGACUUCUAUCGCUUGGACUACUUGAUGUUUAAUUACACCACUCCGUUUUUGUAGUUUGCCUUUUUGUUCUAAAGCACUGUAUUUACUUCAUGGUGACGACCUUGAAUCAGCUAACUGUAAUUUUCCUCUAAUUCUCCGUCGGGGAGAGAUUUGACUAAAUGCAGUUGCCUUGAUUUAAUGAAGACUUUUACAAAAUAGUAUGACACCAAUUAUCACAAAGUUACAGGAAAAUUACCUAACAGAGACAUGUAAACAACUCGAGUUACUCUAGAAUGCUCGGGAAAGAGCUGCCUUUGCAUUAUGGGUCACAUUCUAGAAGCUGCAACUCAGCCAGCUGCCCCAUGCGCUGCAGCAGCGCCCACCACGACGGGAAGAGGGAUCUGAAACAGCGAGUGGCUGUCUCCACCCUGGAUUGGCUGCAGGGAUGCAUUUCCAGCAGUCUGCGGCAUGUGCAUCAAGCCCAGGCAAGUUCUCUCCUACCCUGGAAAUCUUUCUUAUCAACUGCAAUGAUGCAUUGAUUUUGAAAUGGCAUUUGGGGCCCGGGCGUUUUACUUCGGGUUGGGAGGCACUGUGUGAUUUACAACGUGAGAGAGCACAGCAGACACACCAGAUGAGGCUCUGGCUUUCUAUACUCAACGGCCAAUAAAAAAUGCACAACAUGCUCAGAUCAAAGCAGAAAAAAAAAAACCUUCCUCUUCCAGGGAAACAUAAGGGAACGGAUUCCGUUUUCUCUGGAGUCUCUGCGCAGAGACGCAAUGAGCACAACCAUCGGAGGCCUUUGCUCUGAAGCAGGCGGCUGAGUUUAAGCCUCGGUAGAGAGAAAUGUGCUCCUAAUUCUGGCUUAAUUGGGUGUUUGGGGGGGACGGGGGGGGGACGGGUUCAGGCUGGAAGAAUUGUCAGAAAACAAAAGCUGCCACUCUGACGCCAAGCAAGAAGGAAGUCUUACAAGAACAUGAUUGGAGGCGAAGCAUCGUGUGCAGAGCGUUCUGUGUGGAAUGAACUCUGUGAAUAGCUUUUGUUUUCGGUCUAAUUUUUCAGCCUGGGAAUGACUCCCCAAAAAUGCACACACCACUUCAAAGACGGGGUAUGUUCUAGAGAAUCCACGGUACAGGCGCCCCUAGGAACGUUUGAAUAGGCUUUUGCAUAAACCAAUGAAGGUGUUUGUUUGUUUUUUUGUUAUUGUUUAGGUUUAAAAGUUCUGAACUAAUAAAGUCAAUACUAUUGCAUUCACAUAUAAAUCAGAGUCUUGGGGAAAACGAGACAUGUGUUGCCCUGUGAGCAGCCCUAAUGCCUUUUGGACAUUCUUUCCAGGAGACUCUGAGGUAGAAGACAUUUGAGUGGGCACUUCAUGUUCACUGGUCAGCUGUUACCCUGAGCUGAACCGCAUGUCAUUCACAUCUCCUUUAAGUCAGGUUGCUUUUCCCAUACUAUCCUUUCUGGCAGUAAACACUCAGAAAUGUCUUUCAAACAAAAGCUAGUAGUCAUAUUUGAAUAUAAUAGACCGAGACCAUUACAAAUGCCCCUAUUUCCGCCCCCCUGAUUCUGCUUAUCAAUUUCUCAGAAAGUGGUGCCUGGGCCAUCGCCAUGACAGGGACCCGGAUGUUUGUUGAAAACCAGUGUCCAUGCCACACCCAAGGGUGCUGAGUCUGAAGCCCUGUGCAGCCCGGCGGGGACUCUCUCUCCUAACUAUCCCGGGGUGAGGCCUGCAUAGGCCACGUCUGAGCACCGUUGAUGCCUGUGGGUUUGUUUUGUUUAUUGUUGUUGUUGUUUUUUGUCCUGGCCAAUGACAAGCGAGGACAGGCCACCACCUUCACUCUGCUGUUUGCUGAGAAGGUAAGGACCCUCAGCUCAGAGACGGGCCUGGGUGUGGGUCGCAGCAGCCACGGGGACUCUGCCCAGCGCUGGGGCAGAAGCUGGGCCUCGGCGGCCCACCAAGCCAGGAACUGGAGCGGGAAUGGGACAACGGGAGCCCUGGGGACAGGCUGGGCGCUGCCCAAGCCUUCUGGAGGCCUUCCCCAUGGCAGGGGGCGUGGAAAUGUUCCCCUUUUGAGCACAAAAGACUGAAGGCCUCGCUGUGCCAAAGGCAGUUCUGGCCACUCAGCUUCAGGCCUCCCCGUGGACAAGUCGAAGGCCCACAAAAAACAAAAGCCAUUUUUCAAGUUGACCUGAGAUGAUGGGAAAGGGGAGAAGAUCUCCUGUUUGGGUAAUUAGUGAGAAAGCAAGUCCCCGAGAAAUACUUGGCAGUUCCGCCUCAGUGGUAGGAAUGUGCCUUUCCUUGGACUUGAAGGAAGGGUUGUCUGUUCUUGCCAAUCUGUGAGUUGAGGCGCCUGGCAUGGCCAGCCUGUCCGUGAUGCACACACAGCCCUUUCAUUGGGGGAAGCAGGCCCUCGGCCCCCAGUUCCCGCCACAGAGCUGUGCCCCGUGCUACCAGGGUGGCGCACCCACCUACCCCCGUCUAUGUCCCCAACAUCUCCUGAUCCUUACACUCACCCAGUGAGGCAUUCCCGGUGUUGGUGUGGCUCAGAUGGGACGCCCCACUGGGAACACCACGUGCUCCUGAGAAGCAGUGUAUACCAUGGUGGUCAAGAGCUUGGUGCUUGUAAGAACCGGGUUUGAAUUCCAUAUUUUCAAUUUUGCAACCUCCCCAAUUUACUUAACUUCUCUGAGUGCUGGUUUUCUCGUCUCAAAAACUGGGACAGCAAUACCUACCUUGUACAUUUAUUGGGAGGAACAAAUGGGAAAAUGUUUGUAAAGUGGUUAGCAAGUGCUUAAUAAAUUAUAACAACUGUUAUUAUGUAUAUUUCUACCUUUAUAUCUAUACGUUCUAGUUAUUUGUGUAUGUGUGUGGCUCUCCCAGAAGACUGGAUUCUUGUCUUACUCAUCUCGGUAGCCCUGGAGAAGGCACUGGUUCAAUGUCUGUGGAAGAAAUAAAUCCCGUGCACCCACCCCAGUGCUCCUGGAGCACUGUGACCUUCCCCGAAGACUCCUGCCCACGUGUCUUAUGUGUGAUAACAACACAAAACCGUGUCUUCGCUUUUCUGUUAGAUUCUAAGAUACCUGAGGGUAGAAACAAUAAAUGCACAUCUAAUUGAAUUUCA